AUGAUGAAAAUUAUUCUUUCUUUUAUCCUGGCUAUGGCAGGGCUUAUGAACGCUGCAGCCAUUCCUUCACUGGAAAAGGAAUUGGAAGCUCGCGGUGAUGCUACUGGCUAUCGUUCCGUAGCUUACUACGUGAACUGGGCUAUUUAUGGCCGAAACUACCAGCCUCAAAGCCUCCCAGCUGACAAGCUCACCCACGUCCUGUAUGCAUUUGCAAAUGUCCACUCGGAUACAGGAGAGGUCUAUCUGUCAGAUACCUAUGCGGAUACUGACAAACAUUACUCUACGGAUUCCUGGAACGAUGUCGGCACCAAUGUCUACGGCUGCGUCAAACAACUUUACUUGCUCAAGAAAGCGAACAGGAAAUUGAAGGUGCUUCUGUCAAUUGGUGGCUGGACUUAUUCCGCUAACUUUGCUGGACCACUCGCUACCGAUGCUGGAAGGGCUCUCUUUGCUUCAUCCGCUGUACAGCUUGUGCAAGAUCUAGGCUUUGAUGGCUUAGAUAUCGAUUGGGAGUAUCCCUCCAAUGCAUCGCAAGCUGCUAAUAUGGUAUCGUUGCUUGAGGUCGUGCGCUCGGGUCUGGAUACCUAUAGUACAAAAUACGCUCCCGGUCAUCAUCUGUUAUUGACUGUCGCUUCUCCGGCUGGUCCCACCAACUAUGAGCCACUUCUUCUAGCUCAGAUGGACCAGUACCUUGACUUCUGGAACCUCAUGGCAUACGACUACUCUGGCAGCUGGGAUACAAUUGCUGGCGAUGACGCAAAUGUCUACGCUUCCACUGACAACCCCGCAAGCACACCAUUCAACACAGAUCAGGCUAUCACUUACUACACCGCCAACGGAGUCGCUGCAAACAAGAUUGUCAUGGGCAUGCCACUUUACGGGCGAUCCUUCACAAACACAGACGGACUGGGUCAAAGCUUCAGUGGCGUCGGCAGUGGUAGCUGGGAAGAUGGGGUUUGGGACUACAAGGCGUUGCCUCAGACUGGCGCGACAGUUUACGAACUAGAUCAGCCUGUUGCGAGCUACAGCUAUGACUCCUCUGCUCGUACGCUUAUCAGUUACGAUACCCCUGCGAUCGCUCAACUGAAGGCCCAGUACAUUAUGAAAAAGGGUCUGGGUGGUGGUAUGUGGUGGGAGAGUAGCGCCGAUAAGAACGGCACUGACAGCCUGAUUACAACGGUCGUUACCGCGUUUGGAGGUGUCGCCGCUCUGGACCAGAGCCAGAACCAGCUCAGCUACAACGGUUCCAAGUACGCAAACAUGGUUGCUGGAUUUCCAUCCGGCUAG